GAAAUUACUGUUCAUGCUAAAAUAAUUGAAAAGAUGUCAUUUUAGAUCUAAAUCCUUACCAAGAGCAAUCCCUUUGUUAAUUCAUAAAUUUAUAAACACUCGAGGACGAUAUCUCAGAAGAAAUGCAAUUAAGAAUCAUGCAUCUGGACCUUUAGAAACACCUAAAACUAUUAAUCGUAGAAAAUCUUGUGAAGGAGAUGAAUUUGGAUAUUUUAAAUCAACUAAAGAAUGGAUGCAAUUAGUUAAAAUAGAUAAUCCUUAACAUAGGAAUUAGAAUUUAGCCAGGAUUGUUUUUUUAAGACUCAAACAUGGGAAUUCACAAAGUCAAUCUAAGCGCAUUCUUUCUUUAAAAUAGUGUAAAAAAAUGAUAUCUUAUCAAAUUAGGCUUCAAAGACUAAGUAAAUUUGUUACGUAUUUUAUCAACAUUUAAACCAAAAGUGACAGUUUAAUAAGUUGAUCUUGCCAAUCAACCAAAGAAAGUUAAUAUGCCACUGUUACCAUCUCCUAAAGCUAAAGUGCAUACAAAAUUGUUUCCCUUCAAUAAAUCAAUUACUAUUGAUCAACCUCUCUUUCCUAAAAAGAUUAAUAGAAAUUUGAGUUAAUUAGAAAUGCUAUCACCUUAGAAAGCAAUUACAUAACCAGCAUCUAAUUAUGUUAGUCCAAGGAAAUUUAAAAAAUCAAUAAUGAACAUAUAUGGUAUUUCAAAUACUAUGCACCUCAUAAAGUACUGA